GUGAUGCCUUUUUAAAUAUGUGUAUGGCUGUGCCUAGCUUCAUUCACAAGCACUUACUUUAUUAGUAUCUCUGGUAAAACAGUUUGUAAGAUGUCGGUGACAGAAUGCAAAGUGUGUGGACAGAGGGCCAUACAUUGGAGCAUUAUAUCCUAGUGUGUCCAAACAUCCAAUCUUUCAGACACUUCCAUGCAAACACCUUAUUGUUAAUGAUUAUAUAUCUAUAAUCUUGAGAUUGUAUCCAUAUUUUGCAUCGACUAAAUGAACAAACUGUCUAUAGAGAUUGCGGCCCAGCUAGGACGAUUUUAUUUUUAUUUUUUAGUGGUAAUAAAUAAUAUUUUUGGGAUUGUGUUCCUUACCGUACUGUGUACAACUAUAUGAAGUAAUUGUAAAAUACAAAAUGACUAAUACUCCUUUCUAGUGAUGUAACAAUGCUCAGUGGUUUGACAAAGACCCAUUAUAACCUCUAAUCCUGCUUUUUUUUUUUUUACGCUACCGCCCCAAGGAUGAGAUGAGUGUGCAUAUUUAGCCACUGAAUUAGCACAACUACGUAUAAGCUAAGUCAGUGCGUCAUCGGGGACUAUCUCCCUUAUUUCUCUUGGGGUCCUUUAAUCUUGUUCCCCAAGAUGCGACCCACAACAGUCGACUAAUACCCAGGUACCUACUAACGGCUAGGUGAACUGGGGCAACAGGUGUAAGGAAAUAUGCUUAACGUUUAUACCCAUACCAGGAAUCGAACCACGGACACUCGAACCGUCGCAAUCGUCUAACCUUGGUGUAUCGUACUCUGCUGAGGCUUCAUGAGCUGCUUGUCUCAGUGCUGCCCCUGCGGCCCUGCUUGAGUUGCAAGAUCUGGUGCCUUCCCUGCUUGAGCUACUUUCUCCACUGCUGCCACAGUGUCACCUGCUCUCUUUACUGCCACAUAUUCUUGAAAUGUCAAACAAAACGAAGAUCUCGGACCCAAGCUCUGCUGGGAAUGUGUAUCUCAUCUUCUACAAUGUCUUCUUAACCCUUGGGUGGCUCAUUGUUUUAAUCCAGACAACACAUCAUUUGAUAUAUGAAGGAGGAAAUUUGAAAGGACUAUGGGAGAGCACUAGCUCAGUACUUAUGAUUGCUCAAACUCUUGCUGUUUUGGAGAUUGUGCAUGCUGCUGUGGGCUUGGUCCCAUCCAGUGUCAUAAUGGUGGUGCCUCAAGUAUUUUCACGGCUCAUGGUACUGUGGCCUGUCCUGUACACCUUUAAGGGAACUCACACUAGCUUAGGUCUGCCCUUGUUACUGGUUGCUUGGAGUGUGACAGAAGUGAUCAGAUACUCCUUCUAUUUCCUCAACAUUCUCAAGCAAGUUCCACACAUCCUCACAUUUCUUAGGUACACCCUGUUUAUUGUGUUGUACCCAGUAGGCGUUACAGGGGAGCUGUUGUGUGUGUAUGCAGCCUUUCCUGAUGCAGCUCGUACAAGAGUGUACUCCAUCACCUUUCCUAAUGCCUUAAACUUCAGCUUUGAUUUCUACUACGCACUGAUCAUCUUUGUCCUUUUGUACAUACCAUGUUUCCCAAUGCUUUAUAUGCACAUGUUUGCCCUCAGGCAUAAGGUUCUUGGCAACACACAAAAGAAGAGGGAAUAAGAAAAUUUGGGAUUGUCUUUAACUUGAACUGCAGUUGGCCAAGAGAGGAAUACAAAGAGAACAACAGAGCGAUGGUGGACACACUGGUUGAGGUUGCAAGAAGAGCUCGCUGGAGGAGAGCAAAGUUACUGGUUAUGGGCGAUUUCAACUACAGGGAGAUCGAUUGGGGAAAACCUGGAGCCACAUGGGGGUCCCGAAACAUGGAAAGCCAAGAUGAUGGAUGUGGUACUGGAAAACCUUCUGCAUCAACAUGUCAGGGACACUACCAGAGAGAGGGGAGGAUGAAUCAGCAAGACUGGACCUUGUGUUCACCCUGAGCAGUUCAGACAUUGAGGACAUCACAUAUGAGAGGCCCCUUGGAGCUAGUAAUCAUGAGGUUCUGAGCUUUGAUUGUAUAGUAGAGUUACAAGUAGAAGGUAUCAGGAGUUGAAUGGGAAAAGCCAAACUAUAAAAGGGGGGACUACACAGGAAUGAGGAACUUCCUGAAGGAGGUUCAAUGGGACAGAGAAUUGGUAGGAAAGUCUGUAAAUGCAAGGAGACAGAGGAAAGGUUUGUUCCCAAGGGCAACAAAAAUAAUGAGAAGACCAAAGCGAGUCCUUGGUUUACCCGAAGGUAUAGGGAGGUAAAAAACUAAGUGCACUAGAGGCUGGAAAAGGUACAGCAGGCAAAGGACCCAGGAAAAUAAGGAGAUUAGUCGAAGAGCCAGAAAUGAGUAUGCACAGAUAAGGAGGGAGGCCCAGCAACAGUAUGAAAAUGACAUGGCAUCGAAAGCCAAGUCUGACCCGAAACUGCUGUUUAGCCACAUUAGGAGGAAGACGAACAGUCAAAGAUCAGGUGAUCAGGCUAAGGAAAGAAGGUGGGGAACUCACAAGAAACGAUCAAGAGGUAUGUAUUUACAGUGAAGACAGGUCAGAGGGGAACAACAAGUAUUGGAUGACACACACAACUGAGGAGGAGGUGAAAAAGCUGCUAAGUGACCUUGAUACUUCAAAGGCAAUGGGACCAGACAACAUCUCCCCGUGGGCCCUUAGAGAGGGAGCAGAAAUGCUGUAUGUGCCACUAACCACAAUCUUCAACACAUCCCUUGAAACUGGGCAACUACCUGAGGUAUGGAAGACGGCAAAUGUAAUUCCUAUGUUUAAAAAAGGAGACAGAAAAGAGGCACUAAACUAUAGACCAGUGUCACUGAUGUAUAUAGUAUGCAAAAUCAUGGAGAAGAUUAUCAGGAGGAGUGGUGGAGCACCUGGAACAGAACAAGUGUAUAAACAAUCAGCAUGGCUUCAUGGAAGGCAAAUCCUGUGUCACAAACCUGAAGUUUUAUGAAAAAGUAACAGAAGUAAGACACGAGAGAGAGAGAGGUGGGCCGAUUGCAUUUUCUUGGACUGCAAGAAGGCCUUUGACACAGUUCCACACAAGAGAUUAGUGCAGAAGCUAGAGGAUCAGGCACGUAUAACAGGAAGGCACUGCAAUGGAUCAGAAUACCUGACAGGGAGGCAACGAGUCAUGGUACAUGAUGAGGUAUCACAGUGGGCACCUCUGACAAGCGGAAUCCCACAGGAGUCGGGCCUAGGAUCAGUGCUAUUUUUGGUAUAUGUGAAUGACAUGAUGGAAGGGAUAGACUCAGAAGUGUCCCUGUUCCCAGAUGAUGUGAAGUUAAUGAGGAAAGUUAAAUCAGAUGAGGAUCAGGCAGGACUUCAAAGAGACCUGGACAGGCUGGACACCUGGUCUAGCAAUUGGCUUCUGAGUAUAACACCGAGCACGUCUCCGGAAGCACGCAUCAACCAGAUAACUGCUGCAGCAUAUGGGCGCCUAGCAAACCUGAGAAUAGCGUUCCGAUACCUUAGUAAGGAAUUGUUCAAGAUGCUGUACACAGUGUAUGUCAGGCCCACACUGGAGUAUGCAGCACCAGUUUAGAACCCACACUGGGUCAAGCACGUCAAGAAAUUAGAGAAAGUGCAAAGGUUUGUGACAAUGUUAGUUCCAGAGCUAAGGAGAAUCAGCCUAACAACACUGGAGGACAGGAGAGUUAGAGGAGACAUGAUAAUAACAUACGACAUACUGCAUGGAAUAGACAAGGUAGAUAGAGACAGGAUGUUCCAGAAAGGGGACACAGAAACAAGAGGUCACACUUGGAAUCUGAAGACUCAGAUGAGUCAGAGGGAUGUAGUAAGUAUUUCUUCAGUCAUAGAGUAGUCAGGAAGUGGAAUAGUCUAGCAAGUGAUGUAGUGGAGGCAGGAACCAUACAUAGCUUUAAGACGAGGUAUGAUAAAGCUCAUGGAGCAGGGAGAGGACCUAAUAGCGUUCAGUGAAGAGGCAGGGCCAGGAGCUGAGUCUCGACCCCUUCAACCACAAUUAGGUGAGUGAGGACUAACAAAAAUAAGGGCCCUGAGGUUAAGUCAGUGUAUAGAGUACUUUUAAGACUCCUACUAUCUUGCAGGACUUCAUUUAACCUCACCAAGCAACUUUCUGAACUUGUAUGAAGUUAUCUGACAUACUGUGAUGUUAGUGAUUCAUUCACUCAAUUUUUUUUUUUUGCUUAAAAAAAAAAAAGUAAUCCUCUAACAUAUCAACUUUAGUAAGGAAAGCAGCACUGUAGGACCUUGUGAUUUUAGUGCUUAGUUUUGAUUAUAAUAAUUUAUUAAGGAAAAUUAAACUCUUGACAGCUCUUCAUUCAAAAGUGCUUUCCUGAAAGGCAUGAUCAACAUUAGAAUGUGUAGCUCUAGUAUGUGGUGGACUUAUGGAAAAAAUAAAGAUAAUGCUGCAAAAUAGCUCCCCAAGUUAAUAUGAAGUAGAUUUAAAACACUGAAAAUACUUAGUGGCAGGCAGGGAAAAAAUAAGCCAUAAUAACCUUACAGUAAGAUUACGACCCCUCAAGGGGUCGUGAUCUUACUGGAUGCCAGUGAGGGGCUCUUGAUCCAAGAAAUUGGACUUAUUCUCCCUUUCCUUGGAUUAACUUGAAUGCUUCUCAUUCCAUAAGUAUUCUAUGACCCCUUGUAGGUUAAGCUCUUCCCCAUAACUGUGUGAGCACAAUAACAUCAAAUGGAGACGAGUGGUUUUUAAUGGAGGUGGUGUUGAAGUGUGAGCAAGGUAACGCAUAUGAAUGUAUUCAGGGAAACCAGUUAACUGGACUUGUCCUCGAGGUGAGAAGUUUAGUGCCUGCACUCUGAGGGAGGGGUAGGGAUGUUGCAGUUGGAAGGGAAAUUAACUGUGAUGUCAACACAUUUCUAGGAAGACAGCAACUGAAUGAAUGACAGCAAAUGUGUUCCUUUUUUUUUCGGCUCACUCUUGACCCUAGCGGGUUUAGCACUUUAUUAUAAUAAUCUGGAUCACCCUGCCUUGGUAGAAGAUACCCGUUGAGGUAAAAAAAAAUAAUAGUAAUAUCAUCACGAAAUAUGAAAAUAAGUAAGAUUUCUUAGCACCUAUAACAGAAGAGCAAGAGACCAUAAUUGUCAACUAUGAAAUAAGUGGUACAACAUAAGAGAAACGACUGAAGGUAGUGCUUCACCACCAGAAGCCUAAAAAUUUUUUACAAAAUUAGCUCAGUAUGGUUGGUGUUAUCUCUAACAGAGCUUCAAUUCUUGGAAUGUGCAUUUCUGAGCUAUUAUUUGUGAUUUGGGCCCUCAAGGAAGGUUCCUUGAUGUUGGUGAGGGGCUCUUGAUUUAGGAAAUUGGAUCUGUGCUCCAGUUCCCCGAAUUAAGCUUGAAUGCCUUCCAAAUCCCCCCCCCAGGCGCUGUACAAUCCUCCGGGUUUAGCGCUUCCCCUUGAUUAUAAUAAUAAUAAUAUUUGUGAUUUGGUUAGUGCUUUUCCAUAAAUAUAACAGUAACUCAGACAAAACUGAAAAAACUAAAUCACAUAAAAUAUAGUCACACUACACAAGCCAUACGCUUCGUUUUCCAUGACGGCCAUUAGAGAUGGUGGAAGUCAAGCAUACCCAAUUGUUGCACAUGUCUAAUUCUUCAGAGUCAAGUAGAUUAGUAUAGCAAAAGUGGGUACAGUAAUUACAAGCAAAACAUACAAAUUUAACUUUAUUUUCAGCGAAUGUAAUAAACAGACACUCGGCUUUGUCGUCCAUAUUUAAUGUUCAUAUAAAUGGGUGAAGGUAGGUAUAUCAAACCUCACAAAGAGAAAUGUAUACAGAAAAGGAAAUUAGAAAAAUCUCAGUAUAUCCAUUCAUUAUAAAUAUACAGUGAUUAAAAUGUAUAUACUGUAGUUCAUUUAUUUUCAGCCCAUGUAAACCAAUAGAGGCAAUUAAAAAUCCUAAUGUGAAUGAGUGCUGUACACCUAACUAAAAUUUAAUUAUACAGACAUACAUAAUUGCCUUUAUUCUCUCUACACUUUCAUACAAUUCUCCAUUCUUUUGGCAUGCUCUAAUGGCUUUUUCUUCAGCAUUAGUAAUUCAGUCCACUGACUUAACAGCUUUCAUCAAUUGAUCAUCCACCUUUUCCCUGUAAUUAAGGAAAUCCUCAUUCACAAUUUUGUAAUUCAGAGGUACUUUUAAUGGGAAAAGCAGUAUAGAUGCUACACGAUACAAUUAAAGAUAAGCACAUUGAAAUUUUGAGUCUUAGAAAUUAAAAAUUAGGAAUCCCUUAGAGAUACUAAAUCAACAGCAUAAGUAACAGUGAAGAUGCAUUUAAAAUGGAAAUGAUAACUUUCAUAUAUAUAUGAAUUAGCUUUAUUAAUUCUUACAUUAAAAAAAAGUUUACUUGAAAAUGUUGUAUCAAAACAUGAGUAUCCAUAUCUAGAAAUAUUUCCUAGUAAUUUUUUAAAUGAACUUUAUGACAUUUACAAUGUAAGGAUGACAUGAAGGCUUGACGAAAUAAAGUAUGAUUUGAACUUCCAUUACCAUAUUAAAAACUUAAUUAUUCAAGGUAUGUAUGACAGAUACAGAAUUAUUUUUUUAACACCGGCUGCAUCCCACCGAGGCAGGGUGACCUAAAAAGAAAAACGAAAGUUUUUCUUUUUAAAUUAAGCAAUUUAUACAGGAAAAGGGGUUACUAACCCCUUGCUCCAGAGUUACUAUUUGGUGUUACAGAUUAGGUAUCAAAAAUCUAUAU